CUCUGCUACUUUAAACCAGAAUCAUACCACUGGACCAAAUGCUUAUACCUUAAAAAAAUUUCCUACUUUGGUUUUAUAAUUUUAUGAAUUGUAAAAGCCAAAUGCACCAUCUUAAAAAAAAACAAAUAUAUAUUUGAAAAAAAAGAAAAAAAUGCAUGCCAUCAUCAUCAACCAUUCCUGGUCCUGAUCCUAAAUAGGGUUAGGGUUUAUGCAAUCGAACUCCAGCGACGGUGCAUUUGUGCGUAAUCGAUGGCGAAUCGCACGGAUCCAGCAGCGAAGAGCAUAAGAGGGACGAACCCUCAGAACCUGGUGGAGAAGAUUCUCCGAUCGAAGAUCUACCAGAACACGUACUGGAAGGAGCAAUGUUUCGGGUUAACGGCGGAGACGUUGGUGGACAAGGCCAUGGAGCUCGACCACCUCGGCGGCACCUACGGCGGCAACCGCAAACCCACGCCGUUCAUGUGCCUCGUCAUGAAGAUGCUCCAGAUUCAGCCCGAGAAAGAAAUCAUCAUCGAGUUCAUCAAGAACGAGGAUUACAAGUACGUUAGGAUUCUCGGUGCUUUUUACUUGCGUAUCACUGGAUCUGACAUUGACGUCUAUCGCUACCUCGAACCUUUAUACAAUGACUAUCGCAAACUCAGACGAAAGCUCGCUGAUGGACAGUUUGCAUUGACGCACGUGGAUGAGGUCAUUGAUGAACUUCUCACAAAGGAUUAUUCCUGUGAUAUUGCUAUGCCACGCGUUAAGAAGAGGUGGACUCUUGAAUCUCUGGGUUCAUUAGAACCUAGAAGAAGUGCACUUGAAGAAGAUUUUGAGGAGGAAGAAGAGAAAGAGGAUAAUGACCAGCCUGUUGAUGAGAUUGAAGAUAGGGCCUAUGAGAAGGACCAAUAUCGUGGGAGAAGCCCUACUAGGGAAAGAGACAGGGACAAAAGACGUGAUAGUCAUAGACACAGGGACCGUGACUAUGACAGAGACUAUGAUAGAGAUUACGAUCGAGAGCGGGGACGUGGCCGAGACAGAGACAGAGACAGAGAUAGGGAUAGGGACCGAUACCGUCUAAGGGAAGAAAAAGAUUAUGGUCGUGAGAGAGAGGGUAGGGAGCGGGAGAGAAGAGAGAAGGAUCGUGACCGUGGAAGGCGAAGGAGUCACUCAAGGAGUCGAAGUAGAAGUAGGGAUCACAGGGAACAUGAUGGCGGGGACUACAGAAAGAGACAUGCUCGGAGUAGUGUAAGUCCUAGAAGACAUGGAGAUGGACUUGAGGAUGGUGAGCCAAAGAAGAAGAAGAAGAAAGAAAAGAAAGAAAAGAAGGAUGAUGGGACUGACCACCCUGAUCCAGAGAUUGCAGAAGCGAACAAGCUACGAGCAGCCCUGGGUUUGAAACCACUGAGGGUCUGAUCUGGCAGAGUGGCAUGAAUUUGGUCUGGGUUUGAAACCACUAAAUACCGUGUUACCUUGUGGCUGCUUGCUUUUUCUGUACAUCCCUGAUUAGCUGUUAUCAAGUCAGAAGGAUAAGUUUGUCAUGUACGUUUACUUGUGUUGCUGCACCAGCUCAAACUCGUAUGUCCAUAGCCGUGUUUUGAUUGUCUUGAUUUUAAUGAGACCAUAUCGAGAGGUUCUGGUGUGAAAGUUUAACUACAGAAAGUUUCAGCUGCCUUGUCUUAAUCAAAUUUAUGGUUUGGAUAUUCGAAGAAUACCGCUAGCAUUCGUUAGUGGAAUUUGGAUAAAAUAUAUUGUUUACUUGAAAGCAUUUUAAUUUCGGGUGAUUUAAUAAACAUCACAGGAUUUUACGA